CAUUAAUUCUUGUUUGUAAGAUUAUUUCAACCAUUGUAAAAAUUUAUUUUGAAUUUUAAAUGGAUCAAGGGCAAUCUUUUAAUUUGUACAUUAGGGAUGUGAAUAGUUUCGAUUUCUAAGUUAACGGUAUGAGUGGAUGGGACUAUGGAUGUGGGCUGUUGGCUCCUGAAAACGACGUCUGCUAAUUUAUUAAAAAAUUGUGUGAAUCCUGUUUGGGGCCUAUUGUACAGUGAUGGGGCAUCUGUUUUUCUCUUGCCAAUAUCAUCCGUGGAUGACCAAAGCUAUCUCCUGCCAAAAGUGCUAAAACUUGAAAAUGUUGGACUUAUACAUGAUUUAAGUUGUAGUCCAUGCUACCAAAACUGCCAUUAUGUCGCUGUUAUUACCUCAUCUGAAGCUGGUCUAAAAGUUUCAGUGUGGGAAACAAAAGAAGAGGAAAUAAAUGAACCCUUCAAAAAUUCCAGAGAUGCUUAUAUAUGUGGAAUUCCACUGCCUCAGGGCCAAGGCCUGGCCUGGCACCCUAUCAAUAAUGUGCUUUGUACAGUAUGUCAAAAUGAAGCGUUCAUAUUUAGUAAUGAUUCGCAAACGGGUGCGUUGGAAAAAAUCAAAAGUUUUUCUGGAGCUGAAAGAUUUACCUCUUGUUGUUGGAAUUAUUCUGGAUCGUUGUUAAUAUUCGCCACUCAUUCUAAAUUGUUGUUUUAUAACUUUACUUGUGAUACUACAGAUCCUUGUGAACCUGUAUUUUCCUUCGUUAUUGGGAAAGUUUGCAGUCUAGAAACUGUAGACCAAACUCGUCUGCUUUGUGCCAUAGAGUUGCCUUUAAGCGAUGUCAUUCGACAUCAAGUAGAAAAUAUUUCACAUGAUGCAUCUGCUCUGGAGCCAGUUUCUAAUGCAUCGGCAGCUUCGAAUUCCUUAGUUGCAAGCUCACAACUUCUCUUAAUAGGGUACAAUGCAAUUGAUGGGAAGCCGUAUAUUAUGACAAAGAUAGAUAUCGAAGAAAUUCUAACUCCAAAUAUCAUGGUGUAUGAGGAGAUUAAUAGUCUUUGUAUAGUUGCAAGCAGCUGUAGUUCUCGAAUUCAGCUUUUAUCGAUAGAGAAGAUACCGAUUGCAAAAAUCACAGAAAUGGUGUUAGAAAAGGGAAAGGUGCCCAAAGGCAUUGCUAUCAGCAAUUUCAAUAACACCAAGCUGCUAUGGUUGUUGAGCGGUCAGUCCUGUGAGGAUUGUACUGCCUCUCUCAACAUCCCAGAUGAUGAUUACAUUAGCUGCAACAUGACAUUUAGAGUUAUUGCGCUGAAGUCCCUCCUCGGACCAGAGAAGAGAUUUAUCGUUCAAGAGAAGGACUUCGCUAGCUGCUUCGAUCGCAGAAACACCAGGCAUUGCUCUGAGAAUCUCAUCAAACUUCCGGAAAGACUGCCACCACCAGAAAGUGUUCCUAUCAAAUCAGAAACCAUUCCUCGUCUAGUCAGCAAAAUCCCAGAGACUGCGAAGGUCACACCCAAGGUUUUAUCACAACCAGCUAAUAAAUCCCCAGAGAUAUACAAGUCCGUGCCCAAGGUCUCUCCUCAACCAGUUAGCAAAGUCUCAGAGACAGCCAAGGUUGCACCCAAGAAACAAUACUGCGACAAGGCUGUCGAGGUCCAUCUAGAUAGGGCUGACCUUGGCAAUGACUUGGAAAAUGAUGACAACAAAAGUGUCCUUAGCUACUAUUCUGCCGAAUCCGUCACGAUGCCAAAAAAAGCUGAGCUGCUGAAUUCUUCAAGCAAUGAAGAUUACUACAGCAUCGAGCAUUAUUCAUCAAUGAGUCGUGGAAGCACUCUGCGAGGGAACACUAGUCUUGAGAGGAAGAUUUUUGACAUUGAAAAAUGCGUGUUGGAUAUGUUCGAGACGCACAGUACAGAACUGAAUGACAUUAAAGUUGAAUUAAAGGAGCUGAAGAAAGCAGUUUCGAAUAUUUCGGCCCUGCACUAUGGCACUUCUUCUGGUACCAAUAGCCCAUCGAAUGCUCAGUUAUUAUGCCACAUUCAAGAGUUACAACAUAGCGUGCACGUUGUUGAAAAUAAGUUGGAUACCAUGAGUAUAGAUAUUAAUUCUAGAAUGAAGCACCAGGAUCGCAAACUGAGUAUGAUCAGGAAAGAACUUAAUACUUUACUAUCUAAAUAUACAUAAGAAUCUUAAAUUAUAUAUAUAUAUAUAUAUAUAUAAGUAUUGUUCUAGUUCGAAUUAAGCUCAAAACAUGUAAAUAAAUUAUUCAGCACAUAUAAACCCUGUUUCAGAGUGUUUUUUU